GCCCACUAAAGUUCAAAGUUGAACACGCACAUUUUCAAAAUGGCGUCUACCGGCGUAACUCUGACUUGUGGAGAUUUCAUGCAGUUUCAGGAUGCAUUAAAAACUCUUAGAACAAUUGACGAUAAAAUUAUCUAUGCCCUAAACACCACUGUUCCCACAGAUUCAUUUGCUGGAAAAAUUGAUGCCAAGGAAACAUGUCAGAAGUUGUAUGAAGAUCUGAUGAACUCUUAUGAUUCACGAGAGAUAGCGAUAAAGAAAUGCAUUACAGAAGUCUCAAGUUCAGUUAAUCAAUAUAGGGAUGUUAAAACAAAGGAUCCUAACAACUUAGAUUUAUUAAAGAAACUAAGAAAUGAACAACACAAGCUCCGAAUGAUGCAGAGUGAACUUAACAUUGAAGAAGUCGUCAAAGAUAGAAGUUUGAAGGUUUUUUACGAAAGAUGUCGAAAUCACUACAGACCACCGCCAAAGGGCACGUCGUGAUGACAGCGAGACCUAAUACGAAUGAUACAAUUAGAAAAAAUUAAUAACAUGUCAUGUGACAAUAUUGUUUACAAUGUAUCUUAAUCAACUGGGAAAGAUUACACAGUGUUUUGUAAUAACUAUGUAGUGGAAAUUGUUUGAAUAUUCUGCAUUUGGAUUUGAGCAGAAUCUAGGGUAGAUGUACUGACAUUUGAUGCAUGAUUUACGCAAUGGUAUUAUUGAGAUUUUCAAUCUGAUAUAAUCUCACUAUGACACAUCUUAGCAUUUGACUGGCAUUAACAAACAUACCAAUUUUAAUGCACGUUUUUUUUCUACCGGGUUUAUAGUAUUUUUCAUUUUAAUUGAUAGUAGAUGGCACUUCAAGCAUGGCUCUGUCGAAAGACAAAUGAUCAGAAGAUUGUGCGUACAUUGCAUGAUUUACCACAGGAUAUCUCACUGGAUUUCAUUUUGCUGUGGGGGUUAUAACAAACCACUUACAGACAAUCAUGUGUAGUAUCCAAUGAUUGUUUUCGCAUUAAAUGUUUGUUACAGCAUGUACAAAGUGAAAUACUGGAAGUAAUGUCUCAGUAUAUUCCCAAUGUUGUUGAGAUUUUGUUUCAAUAAAGUGGAUUUUUACAAUA